AUGUGGCGACAUAGGCUUCCUCAGUCGGGCGGAAAGCUACCCUUGCCGGCGAAAGGAGUAAUCGAUUCGAUGCAACAGUCAAGAGCCAAGCGAGGAGGGCAUGGUCAGGGCAGGAGGCACUCAGGAGCAGGGAUCCGCCGUAUCGGUGCAUCGGAGGCGUACCAGGCUCGUCAAUCACAGCAGGAGAAGUUUGAAGCAAAACAAAACCUGUUCGAAAACAUGUUGAGCUAUAAACUUACUCGAGUAAUUUGCACAUCGCAAUUUGUGGUUGAGACAAACAUGCAUGCCACAACGCGUUUUGCGCAUCACAUACCGGACGGUGUGGCGAGUGGCGGGCACAGCCCUGCCAAUCACGGGCCGAUGUCCUACAUAGACCUCGCCAUCAUGAGGGGACGGCCAGUUGCGAUUGUCACUCUCUCUUGCUUCAUCAUUUUCAUCAUCACUGCGACGACAUAUUGGUGGAGGACAAUCGAUGACGAUGGGAAUCACCGAUCCCUCUCGAGCCUGCUUGCUCCGUUGAGCCAUGGUUUAACAACUCCCAAUUCAGCAUCUGGCGAUUUAUUCCCAAUCGGCAAGAAAGUCGCUGUGAUCGUCGAGACACGUCCUCUACAAACCCUCAUCCCACUUAUCCUCCACUUCGCAAGCAUCCUGGGGCCCGAAUGGCCCAUCCUCUUCUUCACGCGCGCCUCGACUGUCAGCACACUCUCAGCAUUCGGCCACGGCUCACAGCCCUUCAAACGCCUUGUAAAUUCCGGACAAGUUAAGAUCAUCGAGCUUCCCACCGAUCCCUAUCUAGGGAAUUACCUGGGCCUCAGCCACUUCCUCGCGUCGGAAUGGUUCUGGGGGCAAAUGGGACCUGCUGAAUACAUGCUCAACUUCCAAACCGACAGUAUAUUAUGCGCAAACAGCGGACGACAGGUAGAAGACUUCUUCGGGUACGACUUCGUCGGCGCGUGGCACCCUUGGGUUCCAGGGGCUUUCAACGGCGGACUCUCCCUUCGAAAUGUGUCCCUUGCGCGGAAAGUCGUCAGCACGUAUAAUAUUGCGGACGAUGUGGGUGGAGGAACAAAGGAUGGGGAAUACGAGGAUGUCUGGUUUUGCAGGAAGAUGAAGACUCUUGGUGGACGAUUUCCAGAUGAGAAGAGGGCUUCAGAGUUUGCAGUCGAUCUUGUGUGGGGUGAGAGACCGAUGGGCUACCAUGGUGUUAGUAAGGAUGUGCAAAAGGAUAUCCUUGGAAAGGAGAGGGUGAAGCAGAUGUAUGAGUGGUGUCCUGAAGCUAAACUGGCGGUCUCUCAAAAGGAAAUCAUAGAGUUGAAUGAGGAUGAGAAGAAUAGCGGCGCCAUUGUUGAGGAUGUCCAAACUACAGGCGGAGGAAGCUUAUCUUUUGGGUAG